AUAGUCUUUAUUUUGGAGUAAUUCAUUUCAUCCUGACCUCUUGACCUCUCUGGAAUUGAGCCACUGCGCAUGCGCAACAACACUUCUACCUCUUCUCCGGACACGUGCACUCAGCUGUCGCCAUGUACCGCUCAUUCUCUCCCAACCUGGUCCGACCUAACCUGCCCUUGAGGAAGCCCUCAUCGAGCCCUGUGGCUCUCUCCAGCCCGAGGCCUCCAACACCUCUUCUCUCCAUGCCCGACGCAUCACCUGUGCGCCCCGCGCCAGGCGCCACAGGAGACGACCCUCCUAACUCACCAGUCAGCAUGGAUCAAUCUGCAGUGUUAGGAUCUGUACCACCAGCACUGACUGUAUGCUUCUGCAACUACUGUGGUCAGCAAGGAAAUUUUCGCUGCAAGCGCUGCAAGAAGACGCCUUACUGCUCUGUGGCGUGUCAGACAGAAGACUGGAAAGCACACAGACACAUGUGCAAGUCUAUUGAUCCAGAUCCUGCAAAAGAGAAACCUAAGGAAACCACAGUUUCGCCAGUGACAGGAGACAGAGCCGGCCUGCUUGAGUCGAAGCCCGGUGAUGCAUCCAGCCUCCAGAGGGUCUAUUUGGAGGACUUGCAUAUGACUAAAAUCAUUAAAGGGGAAGACAUCCAGGCAUCUGUUAUAGAGUUCUAUAGCCCUGCCAGGUUUUUCCUUCUUGCCCAAAGUCCUGAGCUGCUGGAAGCUCUGCAAAACAUCAGCACAGAGCUUCAGAAAACUUACAGCUGCUCAUCAGUGACGACAUAUGUACCACAUGUUGGAGAGGUUUGCGCGGUUAAGUUCUCCUGUGAUAUGAACUGGUACCGAGGCCUGGUCCAGACUUUGGCUGCUGACCAGAAGACUGCUAAGAUCCUUUACAUUGACUUUGGCAAUGAAGAGGAUGUUCCUGUGGACAGGAUCAAGCCCCUGGCUGCUAAUAUCCGGCCAUUUUGUCCAUGCGCAAUGGAGUGCCGUAUCGUCGGAGUGGUGCCAGUGACUGGCAACUGGUCGGACGAGUGCUGCAUGUCAGUGAAACAGAUGUUGGCCGGCAAGACUGUGACUGUGAGGCUGUUGGAAACACUACAAAAUGGUCGCAUCCAUGCUGCGGAUAUCCUGCUUUCCAAUGGAAAGCAGUUGAGCACAUUCCUCGUUGAGCACGGUUACGCAGCAGAGGAAACCGUCAACGUAGCACCAACUCCGCAAGAAAUAAACGCCAUGGUGAGUGCAUCCUUGGAAAACUUCAAGCGCCUCUCUGAUGGGAAAGAUGACAAUGUCUGGGCUCAGCCACCAGUGCCACUGACACAGUCAGUGGGUGACUCCUUCUCCAUUGUGAUCACCCACCUCCAGUCACCCACGGAAAUUAUCGUACAGAAGGUGGAAAACGCUGGAGUGAUUCAGGAGCUGCAGCUGAAGCUGAGGGAACACUGCUGUCAGGUCCCAGCGCCCCAGAACUUCAGGCCAGCCCCCGGCACUGUUUGCUGUGCCCAGUUCUCAGAGGACAAGCAGUGGUACAGGGCUAAAGUUCUGGCUUAUUCAUCAGAGGAACGCGUCUGUGUUGGCUACCUUGAUUUUGGCAACUCUGAGGAGGUGGAUUUAGGCCACCUGCAGCCUAUCAGCACUUCACUACUGGCCCUGCCAAUGCAGGCCAUGCCUUGUGGUCUAGCAGGGGUGCAGCCUGUUGGGGAGAGCUGGUCAGAGGACUGCCUGCUGGCUCUGCGGCGGAGGGUAUCGAACCGAAUACUGCGCAUUGAGAUCCAGGGAGCACAUGAGGGCAAGGCUUUGGUGGCCAUGAUUGAUGAAGCCAGUGAUCCUCAGGCCAAUGUAGCCGAGCUGUUGACCUCUGCUGGUUUCGCUGCACCUGCUCCUAUUCCCACCAGUAGUGACCAGCAGCUUGACCAGACAGCCACCUCUGCUGCUGCUGAACCACAAGUGCCUCCCCCAGCCUGUGAGCCUCUGGUGUGGUCUUGUACUGAGCUUCCCCGUGACGGCCAGACAGUGGCACUGCUAGCCAGUGUCGUGGAGAACCCUGGGGAGUUUUACUGCCGCAUCAACAAUCCUGCAGACCAUCAGCGGCUGAUAGAGCUGGGAGCUGAGUUGAAACAGCACUGUGAGGCAAAGGCGUCACCUUUUGAGCCCAAAGUGGGGGAGCCCUGUUGUGCCAUGUUUACUGGUGAUGGAGAGUGGUACCGGGCUAUGGUAAACGAGCUGUCUGAUAACGUGUCUGUAAACUUUGUGGACUAUGGUUAUAGCAUGAAAGUGGAAAAGAGCCACCUUCGACCAAUUACACCCCGACUCCUGACUCUACCCUUCCUGGCAAUUCGCUGCUGGCUCUCAGGUGUGGAGCCCCUGGGAUCAGAGUGGAGCAGUGAAGCCCUGCUGUGGUUCCAGACUCGGGUGGAUGGCGAGCAGCUCUCUGCACGCGUCCUCUCUGUCACUGAACAAGGCUACGGUGUGGAGCUGGAGAGCAGAGGGCAGAAUGUGGCGACCGCCCUCAUUUCUGAGCAACUAGCCAAAGUUCCUGGAGCGAAUCCCACAGAGACGCAUGCAACCACAGGCUCAGGACACAAACACCAAGAUGAAAAAAUACAGGAAAAUGAGCAGAGCCAAACACAAGCCUCCAACCAGACAGGAGCCACUUCCACAGAGAUCCAAGCUGAGGGGCUGACUGCAACGCCAUCAGAAGCCCCAUCUUUCCCAGUGGACUGGAAGACAGUGGAGCUGCCUCUCAACGACACCUUUCAGCCUUGCAUCGCAGCCGUCACCGGUCCUUCCCUCUUCUACCUGCUCGGUCCCAGCCGGGUGGAUCAGCAGAAGCUUCAGGAGGUGAUGAUGGAGCUGGCUGUCUACUGCAGCAACAUCCAGGCCUCUUUAUCCUCCACUGUCCUGAGCAGACCAGCUCCUGGGGCUGCCUGCUGUGCCCAGUUCUCUGCUGACAAUAACUGGUACCGUGCGGUGGUCCUGGAGGUCGGUGAGAAUGAGAUGAGCGUCAUCUACGCAGAUUACGGCAACACCGAGAAGGUGCCGUUCUCCCGUAUCUUGCCCAUCCCCAUGCACCUGCUGCAGCUCCCCUUUCAGAUCACUCGCUGCACCCUCACUGGUAGGGAACACUUCCCUGCAGAGUUGCCAGAGGAAGUGCAGCAGAUGUUUCAAAACGUGCUGGUGAAUGGCGUCCUCGCCACCGUCCAGUCCUUCAACGGCUCUGUUAACGUGCUCUCACUCACGCUGCCCACUGAGAAGGGCGGGGGGCACCUCACCACCAUGAUCCUGGAUGCACUACAGGCCCAGGCCAAGAGUAAUCCAUGCCCAUCCAUCACCCAGAAGGCUGACCAAACUGACAACAGCAUAUCUACGGCCAGCACUAUAGUUGUACCUGACUGCGCCCUGCCAACAUCCAAACCUGACACCCCAACUGGGCUGGAAAAUACAGCAGCUACCACCAGCUUGCCCAUAACCCCAGAGCCGACACCCCAGACUCCCCAGCAGAAGAAAAACACUUCUGCUGUGACAGUCAAUGAAGAUCCAGUUCAGAAGAUUAUUGAGCAAAUGGAGCCUCCAUGCAAGAUUGCAAAAACUAAUGAUUCUCCGACCUCUGGCUGCUGCUGUCUGAACCUGACGACAAAGAUUGACCACCUGGAACAGUUGGUGCAGCUGCAGCUUUCUCUCAUCACACAGUUAGUGGGACAGAAAAAAUAAGAUUUCUUUAAAACAAGUUAACUCUGAAUGUUCUCCAGAAGCAACCACCCAUUUUAAUUUAGUCACCUUAUUCUAAUUAAGCUUUUAAUUUAUUGUCCUCAUCACUGAUCAUCCUCUCUGUUCAGGGCUUUUAUGUUUUUAGCCUGUGGUUAAAUUACAGUACUUUUUUUUCGUUUUAAUAUUUUGGAGGUUUUCAUAAAAAUGCACUUAUUAGGUUUGUUAAAGUUGGCAGAAAACUCUGCAACAAAAGAUGUUCAACCUCAAUUAUCCACGUGUGUGUUGUUGUCUCCUGUAAGUGUGCUUUAGUGUAGCAUGCUGCGAUGCCAUCUGUUCCUUUGUUCAGAACUAAUCACCUGUUCAGAUGGGAUGUCCAGCCUGACUGAUUUAUGUUUGACAUGUGUUUCAGUCUUUACAUAAAGGUUCUGUGACUGUGAAGACA